UUAGGACUGAGUUUUCAACAUCAGCAAGAAAUUCCUCACUUUUUUCUGGACUAGAAGUCAAAAACGUUUUUGCAUAUCGUGGGCGAUUGGCAGAUAAACAAAAUGCAGAAUUUGAAAACAAUACUAAGGUUAAAUAGGUACAAUUGGUACAGGAUAUCUCAAGGAUGUUAUUAUAGUAACGUUGCAGCGGCGGGAGAAGUCAGUAGGACAGAAAAACUGAAGAUGCCUCCUCCCGAAGGAUUGGGCGGACCAGAUAAUCCAAAACUUAUCAAAUUGGUAAAUGAAAUUAGUGCACUUAAUCUGAUAGAAGUAUCUGAACUCAGUGGAAUGCUGAAGAAGAAGCUCAAUCUGCCAGACGCAUCUUUUAUGCCAAUGGUAGGAGGAAUGGCUCAAGUAUCUCCAACGGAAGAAGAAGAAGAAGAGGCUACUCCUAAAACUGUCCAGACAGCCUUUAAAGUAAAACUAAUGAAAUUCGACGAUAAACAGAAGGUGGCCCUCAUUAAAGAGAUAAAGAAUUUACUUGAAGGAAUGAAUUUAGUGCAGGCGAAAAAGUUUGUAGAGAGUGCUCCUGCAAUUGUGAAGGAAGACAUCCCCAAAGAUGAGGCUGAAAAACUCAGAGAGGCACUUACGAAAGUGGGCGCUGAUAUUGUAAUUGAGUAAUCAUUUUGUAAAUUGUCUCUUGAUUUACAUUUACUAGAAAAUAAAAAAAAAUAGCCAUGUGAA